AUGGAUCCUGAAUUGUUCAGAAUUGCUCAAGAACAGAUGAGUCGGAUGUCCCCGGCCGAGUUAGCACGGAUUCAGCAACAGAUGAUGUCUAAUCCUGAAUUACUGCGAAUGGCUUCUGAAGGCAUGAAAAGUUUAAGGCCCGAGGACAUAAAAACUGCCGCUGAACAGUUGAAACAUACACGCCCAGAAGAGAUGGCUGAACUUAGUGAGAAAAUGGCUAAUGCAUCGCCUGAAGAGAUAGCGGGUUUGCGUGCUCGUCUUGAUGCGCAGGUUACGUAUGAAAUAAAUGCUGCUCAGAUGCUGAAGAAACAGGGCAACCAACUCCACAACCAAGGAAACUAUGAAGAUGCUUUGCAGAAAUAUUUACUUGCAAAGAAUAACUUGAAAGGGGUUCCUCCAUCGAAGGGCAGAGCUCUUCUUUCUGCAUGUUCUCUGAAUUUGAUGUCCUGUUAUUUGAAAACUUGUCAGUAUGAUGAGUGCAUAAAAGAAGGUUCAGAGGUUUUGGCAUAUGAUGCAGAAAAUGUCAAGGCACUCUACCGGCGAGGACAGGCCUACAAAGCGUUGGGACAAUUUGAACUUGCAGUAUCAGACUUGACUAAAGCACAUGAAGUUUCUCCUGAUGAUGAAAUUAUUGCUGAUGUGUUAAGGGAUGCUAAGGAGAAUCUGGUGAAAGAAGGUGGUGGGCGAACACAUAAAGGAUUGGUUAUUGAGGAGAUAACUGAAGAUGAGCUGACCAACUCAUCUGCCAGCAUCAGAAGGUCUCCGGUAGAUUCAUCUUUUUCAAAACCAAAGGAAACCACUGCUAGCUGUAGCGUUCAAGCGGAUGCUCGCGUUUGUCCGCCUUCUACCAACUCAGAGUAUUUGGAAUCUCUGAAAACUGAUCCAGAAUCUAUCAGAUCAUUCCAGAACCUUAUUUCUCAGACAGAUCCUGAAACCCUAGCUGCUAUGGGUAAUGGACAAGCUGAAGGCAUAUCCCCUGAUAUGAUUAGGACAGCGUCAAAUGUUAUUGGCAAGAUGUCUCCUGAAGAACUUCAAAGGAUGAUUAAGUUAGCUUCCUCAUUCCAAGGAGAGAACCCUUUCCUGAAUAGAGGUUCCUCUGACUCGAGUGGCAACAGUUUCACUCCCGGUUCAGUUCCAACUAAUGUUUCACCUGACAUGCUUAAGAUGGCAACGGAUAUGAUGACUAAGAUGUCACCAGAGGAUAUACAACGGAUGACUGAGAUGGCUUCAUCCUUGAGAGGAGGUAAUGGAGCAUCAUCAUCUGCGGCUGCAAAAGCUGGGAGUCAAGAUUAUCCGUCAAAAUCGCGAGAUUCUCGAGACAAUUUUAGAGUUAGUGAUAAUGAUGUUGGUGAAAGUACUAGUGGCUCCCAGCGUCUUUCAAGCACAAGACCUUCUCAGAGCAUACCAAGUUCAGGUGCUGAUCUGCAAGAACAAAUGAGAAAUCAAAUGAAGGAUCCAGCUAUGAGACAGAUGUUAACGUCGAUGAUGAAAAAUAUCAGCCCAGACAUGAUGAAGAACAUGAGUGAACAGUUUGGAUUGAAGCUUUCCCAGGAGGAUGCUGAGAGGGCUCAACAAGCUAUGUCAUCUUUGUCCCCAGAAGACUUGGAUAAAAUGAUGAGAUGGGCUGAUAGGCUUCAACGAGGAGUGGAAGGUGUUAAGAAGACAAAGAAUUGGCUUCUAGGAAGACAGGGAAUGAUUUUGGCUAUUGUCAUGUUGCUUUUGGCAGUUUUCCUCCACUGGUUGGGGUAUAUUGGCAAGUAA